AUGUCGAAGCGCGAGUCCAAGCACGCUGACGAAGACGACUCCGGCAGCGACGAGGACAUCUCGGACAGCGGCAGCGAGGAGGACUCGAGCGAGGAGGACAUGUCCGAGUCGGACGACGACCGCAAGGGCAAAGCCAAGGACGGAGCCAAGGCCUCGGCCGUCAAGGCCGCAGGCUCGGAGCGUACGCUGGUGAACCAACCGUUCGACGAGGCCGUGGACCUGAGCGAGUCGGAGGGCAGCAUCGCGUCCGAAGACCCCAACUCGCCCAAGAGGCAGCCGGGCGCGGGCAAAGCGCUCAAGAAUCAACCGUUCGACGAGGCGGUCGAGUUGUCCGAGAGCGUGCAGGAGGUUGAGAGCCCCAAGAAGACGUCGGCCGCUGCGUCCGAGAAACCCGCACUAGGAUCCACCAACGCGAGGGACGCAAAGGGCGGCGCGUCGUCGGCGUCGACUGCAGUGGGCAACGAGAUGAAGAACAAACCGUUCGACGAAGAGGUCGAUCUGAGCGACUCGGGCGACAGCGUCGACACCAACGGCCAGCCGAGCCCCAAGGCUCGACACGACACGAAGGAGAGUCAACCGACGCCGUCCGCAGCGCCAGCGCGUCAGCCACCGCAGCCAAUGCAGAGUGAGACUCCACACGCGAGCAGCAGCGCUGGAACGGGAGCUGCUAGUGCUGGUGGAGGCAGCUCGAACCACGCGGCCAUGAUGGCCAACGCUGGCGGCUACAAGGAGAGCGACUACGCACACUUGAAGGUUUCCCACGAAAUCCGCGAGCUGUUUCAGUACAUUGGACGCUUCAAGGCGCAAGAGAUCGAGCUGGAGACGCGACUCAAGUGCUUCAUCCCUGAGUAUAUCCCAGCGGUGGGGGAUAUGGACGCCUUCUUGAAGAUUCCACGCCCCGACGGCCAAGCGGACCAACUUGGACUGAAAAUGCUGGACGAGCCGAGCUUGACUCAAUCUGACGCAACGGUCUUGGACUUACAGCUGCGCUCCACGUCCAAGAAGAAACACGGCGACAUUGUCGUCCGCAGCAUCGAGAACGCCGAGAAGUCCCCGCGAGAAAUCGACCGCUGGAUCAAAUCCAUCGCCGACCUGCAUCGCACGAAGCCACCGCCACAGGUCCACUACACCAAGACAAUGCCCGACAUCGAGAGCCUCAUGCAGGUCUGGCCAGAAGAGUUCGAGGAGCUGCUGAGCAAGACGACGCUGCCCAGCGCCGACCUGGACAUGGGUCUCGAACAGUACGUGCGCGUCAUCUGCGCGCUGCUGGAUAUCCCCGUACACAAGAACGUCUACGAGUCGCUGCACGUGCUCUUCACGCUCUACCUCGAGUUCCGUAGUAACCAGCACUUCAUGCCUCUAUUGUGA